CGCAUUAUGCUCUAGGGCAACGGUCCUGGGAGGGAAAGAAGUGAGCGGCGGGCCAAUAAAAAAUGAGCGCCGUCGCUACCUGUGCUCUUUCUCCCUCUCCCGCGGUCUCUCCCUCCUCCUUCCUCUCGAUUAAUCGCCGUCUCCGACACCACCCGACAGGUUGCUUUCGGGAGACUUCAAUAAGGUUCGUAAAAAAUUUCAGGGUUUCGAAUAUGAGCACCGAUGCAUCUGCACCGCCUGCAAUUCAAGAGCAAGCCAAGGAUGAAACUGGAAGUGUUAAGCAACUACUCUCUAAUUUGUUUAGAGUGUCUCUUAAGGAAACAAUUCCUGAUGAGCCCAACGUAGAGCCAUUGGUUGCUAUUUGCACUGCAAAGUUUGGUGAUUAUCAAUGUAAUAAUGCUAUGAGCUUGUGGUCCAAGAUAAAAGGAAAGACAACCCAAUUUCGAAACCCUAAUGCCAUUGGCCAGUCAAUUGCAAAGAAUCUUCCUGCAUCUGAAAUGAUUGAAUCGACUUCUGUUGCUGGACCUGGAUUUGUGAAUGUCAUGCUGUCUAACAAAUGGAUUGCCAAGAGAAUAGAGAUGAUGCUGGUAAAUGGAAUUGAUACUUGGGCACCCGUUCUACCUGUCAAAAGGGCAAUUGUGGAUUUUUCAUCACCAAAUAUUGCAAAAGAAAUGCAUGUGGGUCAUUUGAGGUCCACCAUCAUUGGUGAUAGUAUAUCUCGGAUGCUAGAAUUCUGUAAAGCGGAUGUCCUUAGACGAAACCAUGUCGGUGAUUGGGGUACACAGUUUGGCAUGUUGAUUGAGUACCUUUUUGAAAAGUUCCCAAACUGGGAGGAUGCUGGUGAACAAGCCAUUGGUGAUCUCCAAGAAUUUUACAAGGCAUCAAAGAAGAAGUUUGAUGAUGAUGCAGCAUUCAAGGAACGAGCACAGCAAGCUGUGGUUCGUCUCCAGGGUGGGGAAGCUAAGUAUAGGCAGGCAUGGCAGAAAAUCUGCGAAAUCAGCCGUCGGGAAUUUGAUCAGGUUUAUCAACGCCUAGGGGUUCACUUGGAGGAAAAGGGUGAGAGUUUUUAUAAUCCCUACAUUCCUGGCGUUCUUGAAAAACUGCAUGAGAAGGGGCUAAUUGAGGAAAGUGAAGGUGCCAGAGUGAUCUUCAUUGAGGGUCAAAAUAUACCAUUGAUUGUAGUUAAGAGAGAUGGUGGCUAUAACUAUGCUUCGACUGAUCUUUCUGCUCUCUGGUACCGCCUCAAUGAAGAGAAAGCUGAGUGGAUAAUAUAUGUUACUGAUGUGGGACAAUCACAGCAUUUUGAAAUGUUCUUUGCGGCUGCCAAACGUGCUGGGUGGCUCCCUGUUGGUGAUGGUGCCUUCCCUAAAGUAGACCAUGUUGGGUUUGGCCUGGUACUUGGUUCAGAUGGAAAACGUUUCAGGACCCGUAGCACUGAAGUCGUUCGUUUAGUUGAGUUGCUUGAUGAAGCCAAAAACCGAAGCAAAGAAGGACUUGUUACACGUGGUCGAGAAGAAGAAUGGACUGCUGAAGAGCUGGAGCACGCUGCUGAGGCUAUUGGUUAUGGUGCUAUAAAGUAUGCAGAUCUGAAAAAUAAUCGGCUGACUAAUUACACAUUCAAUUAUGAGCAAAUGUUGGAUGUUCGAGGAAAUACUGCUGUUUACCUUCUUUAUGCACAUGCUCGCAUUUGUUCCAUUAUCCGGAAGUCCGGUAAAGACAUAGAGGAGCUGAAGAAUAAGGGAGGAAGGAUCCAUAUCGUGCAUGAUAAUGAACGCAUAUUGGGUAUUCAUUUGAUCCAGUUCUCUGAGAUAGUAGAGGAUGCUGUCACUAAUCUCCUUCCGAACACAUUAUGUGAAUACCUGUACAACCUAUCAGAAAAUUUCACAAAGUUUUACUCCACUUGCAGGGUGGUGGGAUCAGAGGAGGAGAUAAGUAGAUUAUUGUUAUGCGAGGCCACUGCAGUUGUAAUGAGAAUAUGCUUCCAUCUCCUUGGAAUUGUGCCACUCUAUAAAUUAUAGACGUAAGGGAGGGUUUAUCUCUCACAGUUGAGUCCUAGAAUUGAUUAUGAAUGGACAUGUCGAUUUUCUUUAGUUAGCAAUAUUCAAGUUAUUUAGAUUGUGGCUUGCCAAAGCAUCCACAUCUCUCACUUUUUCUUUUUCAGUUCACAAAAAAGUAGGAAAAGAUGCUUUACAUAAUUUAGUACACAACCCGUCCAUGCUUUGAUGGGCUUGGGAAGACGUGAAGGUGAAGCUGUAUUUUUUGGCCACUGGUAUUUGUGGAAAUUAAUAUAUAUGUUGUCUUCAUGCCUA